UGUGACAGCAACAGUAUUCUUAUGUUAUUCUUUUGAAGUAGACGAUUAAUAAUUAUUUGUUUUAAUUAUUUUUUUGUGUUAAGUUUCUACAAUUUGUGUUUAGAUAGAUGUAAUUUAUCUCUGUAAAGUUGCUGUUCUAGCUUAUCUGGUUAUAAUAUAAUCAAGAUUAAUAUUUAAACCAUGGGUGAUUCUUGCGUAGAGACGCCGGAGGCACCAGCCUGGUUGUCCAAGCUAGAGAGUCAGAGGGAAAAAUUAAGUAAAGCACGUCUCGGUCACGACAGCGGCGCCGGCGCGCCUUGUAAUUCAUGUGGUUCAGGUUGUCCUGGCUUGGAUUUACAUUUCUGGCGUAAGGUUUGCAGAGCCUGCCACUGCAGUAAGGAUGUGCAUGAUGUCCAAGAUGAUGAUUUGUCGGGAUGGGCUCAGUUUGAGCUACUUGGCACUGCUAAGCCAAAGAAAGCUUCCAUGCCCCUUAUUAAGAUCCGUGGUGUUACGGAUAAGCCAGUGAAACUUGAUUGGGUACCACCAAAUGCCUCAACAGAAUUGGUAUCAGAAUAUAUGUCAUGUCUUGGUCCACUGGCUCCAGUUUCGGGUUCAGAAGCAGCCAAAAAACGUCGCGCACAGCUUCGCACACAGUUGCCUCCACAUGAUGUAGCCCCUGCCGCUAGACAUCAUGCUUCUGAUCAAGAGAAAUCGGAGCAUACGGAAUAUAUCACCCGAAUAAAAGACCAUGUGGUUGGCAUGGGUAAUGUAGUAAGGGUUGGUCCUCUUCAAAAUGGUGAAGUAUACUCUGUUGAAAGCAGCAAAUCACAUACUGCUACAAACAACACAAAAUCUUAUGCACUGCCAUUGAAAAUAUCAAAUAUAUCAAGAGGAGUCAAGUACAAUAUAGUGCCUAAAAAUGCUUCAGAUAAGAAACUUGUGCUGGAUUCACACGGUAACAUUGUCAGUAGUGCUGCCAACUUGCCCGAUUAUAAAACGAGUGCCAUAUUAAGCAGGAUUGUAAAAGAUAAACUUCAUGUAAUGAAAAUUGAAUCCGACAGGAUUAAAAGUGCCGUUGAACAUGGCCCUGUUUAUGACAAAUUGUUAAAGAACUUAAAUGAUUUGUGCUUGCCAAUUUCUAAUGAUGUGUAUCUUCAGCCAAUAAAACUUUUUCGUGAUGAGUACAAUAAAAAUCCUCAAUUCAAAGAAGAGGUAAAUGAAUUUGCAAAUAAAGCAUUAGGAGCUCAGGUAAUGCCUGAUUUAUGGUCUUUGAGUAAUAAUAAUGUUAUGGGCACAGCAAAGUUACUAGAUGGCAGAAUUCAAAAAGGAACUAUCUUUGCUCCAAAUGGUGAAAUAUGGAGUUGGAAACAUGAACCAACUACACCAGAACAUAGUGGCACUAUUUGUUCCACAAAAAUAAAUCCUCAGUAUUCUACUACAACAAAACCAAUGAAUCAGGUAGAGCCACAGCAAACGGCUCCUUUAAGGGAUUAUCUGAGGAAUAAUUGCGAAGAAGAUCUUCCCCCUCCACCAUUGCCUAAUUACAACACAUAUCCUGGUGGACUGUCUAAUCCUCAACAAAGUAGUGAUUGGAAUAGUUCCACUGAUAAUGUUCAACUUGAUCAUAGUGGAAACCCUGUUCAGAUUAGCAGCUAUGCAGAGCAGUUAGAUCCAAUUCUUACUCAAUUUGCUGAUAUAUCUCUAAACCCUGAUGAAAUGGAGUUUAACAGGAAAUUGUACAAUGAAGGUGUGCCAUGUCAACGUUGUGAGAAACCUAUGUUUGCUGGAGAAGUUGCUGUAAAAGCUGAAAGAGCUGGACAAGAGGCCAUCUGGCACCCACAAUGUUUCACUUGUUGCAAAUGUGGAGAGUUGUUGGCUGAUCUUGUAUAUUUCUAUUAUAAGGGAGAAAUAUAUUGUGCCAGAGAUUUGGCUAAUGUUUUAGAAAUACCACGUUGUGCUGGUUGUGAUGAAUUAAUAUUUACAAGACCAUAUACUGCUGCUGAAGGGAGAGCAUUUCAUGUACAACAUUUUUGUUGCUAUCAUUGUGAUGCACCACUUGGAGGGAAAAAAUAUGUUCCAGAUGAUAAAACUGGUCUACCCGUAUGUUUAUCCUGUUAUGACCAAUUUUAUGCAGAACGCUGUAGGGCAUGUGGUGGUGUCAUAGGGCCUGAACAGCAAGGUGUAUCAUGGAGCAAUAUGCAUUGGCAUGCGGAAUGCUUUAUUUGUUCAGGUCGUAUGUGUGGAAAAAGCUUGCUUAGUGGUAGAUUUGUUGUUAAACAAGAAAUGCCUUUUUGUAGUGUACCUUGUGUACAAAGUAAAAUAAAAUAAAAUGAUGUAUGACAAAUACAUUAAUAUUAACAUAAAUUAGUAUUUGUAUAACAUUUUAUAUUGUCUAGAUUAAGGAAGAAACUAUAGAUGUUAUAUACACCAAAAGUAUUUAAAAAUAUUAUCAAACUUUUAGCAUAAAAAAUUGUAAUAAUUGACAAUUAUUAAUUAACAAAGAAGACUUAUAUGCUCAAAUGACUGACAAAGUUAUUGUGAUAAUCAUUCGUAAUCAAGGGGCCAAUAUUAAUUUCUAUAUUUUUAAUAUUGAUAUUUAAAUUAUAAUAUUACAUCAUUAUUGUCACUGAAAGAAAUAUUUAGUCAAUAGUUUCACACUUUUGUGUGCAUAUUUACAUUUUAUUUCAUAAGUAAAGUAUUAUAUAAGCUGAAUAAUAUUUUUUUUGAUAAACUGUAUUCUUUAGGAAAUUAAAGCAAAUUGUGCCAUUACUGUUAAAAAAUCUUUGACAAAGACAAAGCAA